AUGUCACUCCCAAUUCUAGACCACUUUGCAAUCCUGGUCUCGUACCAAACCCUCCAAACCGUCACAAACACCCUCAAAGACUCUCUCCUCGUCAUCGACGGCGGCGCCCACGCAGAUGGUCUCACAGUCAACAAACUAAUCCAUCUCGCCGACGGAACAUAUCUCGAAUUCAUCGCCUUCGCAGAAGGCGUCGACCCUGAAAAACGCCGCGCUCAUCGCUGGGGAAACCUCGAAGAAGGCAAAAUUGCCGAUUGGGCUCACACUCUCAACAACGAAGCCGACUACGCUGCUCUUCAAAAGAGAGUCGCUGAUGCCGGGAACGGGGUCACGUAUGGUGAUUUGACUUCACUUCAGAGACAUAGACCUGAUGGUGCGUUGAUGAAGUGUCUUGUUUCGGUGGCUCUUGAUCCAGAGGGUGGUCGUAUCUUUCCGGGUACGAUUCCUUUUUGGUGCGUUGAUGAGACGGAGAGACAUUUGAGGUCACCUUUCAAGGCUGAUGGUGGUGAUGGGUUGCACGAAUACACAAAACAUCCUUCUCAUGCGAAGGGUGUGUCAAAGGUUACUGUUUUACUGCCGGAGAAGGAUAUCGCGACGUACAAACCGGUUUAUGACGCUAUUCACAACCAAAAGGCUGCUGAAGGAAAGGAACACUCGUGGCCGUAUGAUCUUCCUGCUGGGCCCAAUGCGGGAAGCAACAAGGUUGUUCUGUCAACGCUUGAGGGUGGAAAUGGUAAAGCAGAGAUCAAGUUGACUCUUUUGGGAACAAAGGAUAGUCCCAAGUCUAUCGAGCUUCUCCCUGGACUGACGGUGGACUUUGAGCAGACUGCGUAA